AGGGCUAAGAAAAAGAACAUAAAGUCACUGGAUGAGGGAGCCAGCCAGGUAGAAGCUGCCGGAGAGCUGACAGGUGUCAGUCAGUGGACUGGAAUAAAGUGCAGCUACAUGACAGGAGACAAGAACAGUCCUACAACAGAAGACUGCAUAAAGACCAACAUAACUUGUAUAAGACUGCAAUUAUGGACCACUUUAAGCUCCACACCUAACACUGACUAGUGGAAAGUGAUGGAACCUUUGUGCAGCUAUGAUAGACACUCAUUGGAUAUUGUGAAUGGAAGGCUCUCAGAGUUUGGAUGGAUUUAACUUCUAAACACUACACUCAUGAAACCUUAGCGAGCUGCGAGGAAGUCUCUGGACUACACGUGAAAACAAGGACUGGCAAAAAGUUAAGAAAUUGAAAAAAUAAAAGCAGAAGUACAGUCUUUGUCCUCAUCUGGAACAGAAACAGAGAAAGGGGCAAGAUACAGAAUCAUCUGAGGAAUGCAUUUGCACAUCUGGAGUACAGUCCAGCAGUAGCUCCCUGUUGUCACUCCCUUACUCCAUGGAAGAAUCAUCAGACAGUAUGUACCUUAUGGAUGCAAAGAGUAAUACUGACUCCUUGACCAAUUUCUCAGCACUGAUGUGAAGACAGGCAGUAAGGCAUCUAACGAUGGAAUAUUCAGGAUUUGGAGAAGAUAUAGGGGUGCAUUUUUUGAAACUACACAACGUGACCAACAGUGUUAAUAAUGUGACUUGUUCCAGAGACAACCAUAUCAACCAAGUGCUUUUCCCUGUCCUCUACUCCAUUUUGUUCAUUGCUGGGACAGUCAUGAAUGGAUUAGCAAUUACUGUGUUUUUCCAGUUACCCAGUAAAUCCUACUUCAUCAUUUUCCUGAAAAACUCUGUUAUAUCUGAUUCUCUAAUGAUCAUGACUUUUCCAUUCAAGAUUCUGGGGGAUGCAAGACUUGGACUUUGGCCACUGAAGGGCUUUGCUUGUCAGUACACCUCAGUUGUGUUCUACUUUACCAUGUACAUCAGCAUUAUCUUUCUUGGACUUAUAACGAUUGAUCGAUAUCAGAAAACCGUUAGACCAUUCGGCAACGUCUGUACGACAAAUCUACUAUCAGUCAAGAUCUUGUCGGCUGCCAUAUGGAUAAUCAUGUUUUCCCUCUCAUUACCAAAUAUGAUUUUUACCAACAAGAAACGGACACCAAAAAAUGUGAGAAAAUGUGCAUACCUCAAGUCUAAGUUUGGGCUAACGUGGCAUGAAAUUGUGAACUUCAUAUGCCAGAUAAUUUUCUGGGUGACUUUUGCUCUUAUAGUGGUCUGUUAUCUCCUCAUAACCAGAAGGCUUGUUCAGUCAUACAAAAGAACUAGGAGGGAUCAUACAGAAUCCAGAAAAAGAGUGAAUGCAAAAGUGUUUAUUAUUAUUGGUGUCUUCUUUGUCUGUUUUGUCCCAUUUCACUUUGCUAGGAUUCCAUAUACCAUAAGCCAAACCCGGGACGUGUUCAAUUGCCCAGCUCAGAACACCCUUUUUUAUGUCAAAGAGAGCACGCUGUUUCUCUCGUCCUUAAAUGCCUGUCUGGAUCCUUUCAUCUACUUUUUUCUCUGCAGAUCCUUCCGAAAUUCACUGAUUACUAUGUGGAAAAGAAAACAGACCUGCCUCUCCCCAUACAGACAUAGGGGAGCUUAUAACAUUGGAGAUGUGGAAACAAAAAUUUAGCACAACUUGAAAUAUGUUGCACUACACAUAUUCAUCAUCACUAAUGGACCUAUUACACAUGUAAAGAAAAAAGAAAAGACAACAUUGGCCCUCAUUCCGAGUUGAUCGCUCGGUAGCUGCUUUUAGCAGCAGUGCAAACGCUAAGCUGCCGCCCUCUGGGAGUGUAUCUUAGCUUAGCAGAAGUGCGAACGAAAGGAUCGCAGCGCUGCUACAAAAAAAGAUUGUGCAGUUUCAGAGUAGCUCGAGACCUACUCCUAGCUUGCGAUCACUUCAGACUAUUUAGUUCCUGUUUUGACGUCACAAACACGCCCUGCGUUCGGCCAGCCACGCCUACGUUUUCCCAGCCACUCUUGCGUUUUUAUCUGGCACGCCUGCGUUUUUUCACACACUCCCCGAAAACGGUCAGUUACCUCCCAGAAACACCCACUUCCUGUCAAUCACUCUACGGUCAGCAGUGCGAGUGAAAAGCAUCACUAGAGCUUGUGUAAAACUGCAUCGGUUUUUGUGAAAGUACGACGCGCGUGCGCAGUGCGCACCAUACGCAUGCGCUGAAUUGCCGUUUUUUGGCCUGAUCACUGUGAUGCGAACGAAAGCAGCUAGCGAUCAACUCGGAAUGAGGGCCUAUACCUGGUGGAAGAAAUGCAGUGUCUAAAUGUAAAAAAUAAUCUGGUCUUGAAAUGAUAAAAUAAAUAGUUCAAAAAAGAAACUUCAUGCAAUGGAAUUGGAGCAAUUGAAAUAAUUAAAAAAUUAUUUAAUUAUGUUAUACAGCAAAUUCUAGAGCAGUAACCUACAUGAAUACGGCACAUUUAUAUCAUGUGGGGAAUACUAAACAAGAGGGAUACGCAACAAAAAUCAGGUAAGAUUGAAAACUAGUCAAAGGACGACAAUCCUAAUUUCCAUAUAUAUGGGAUCAUCUUUAGUCCUGAACUUGUAACUACAAAUGCUCAGAAUUUUUCACUAGUCUAAAAAAUGGCGCCAGUUCAAGUUCACUAUCCACGUCUUGCCAUAUGAAUUAGUGUUUCUUACAUACAAUUUACAAAAAAAAAAAAUCUCACACUGCAAAUCUAUUUAAAUCCAUAUUUGCACACACUCGCCCAAAUUUCUGUAACACAAAGAUUUUACAUGUGAAAAUUGUGACAUUGAUGGAUCUGCAAAUUUGUGUAUCUUGUGCAUUUUUAGAUGAAGUCAACAUUCAAAUACACAAACAUUAAAAUAGC